AUGCGGAGCUUCGCAGCUUCGGCCCGCCACCACGCCACAAGAUUCGCGUUGAACCCGAGGAAGGACGACGAUGGCAACGACAUGAUGCUGGAGAUUACUCCUCGAGCCGCCAAGCGAUUGUCCGAGAUCAUGGAAAAAGACGACAACCCCAAUCUCGCCUUGCGCAUCCAGGUCGAAAGCGGCGGCUGCCACGGCUUCCAAUACCUCAUGAACCUCGUCACAAUACCGGGAAAGGAUGCGCAGGAGUGGUCGUCUGUCGUGAGCGAGGACGACUCGAUUUUCCAAUACUACCCCGACGAUGCCGACCCCAACUCAGGGUCGCGAGAUGGCCCGAGGAUAAUACUUGACGAGCCUUCUCUGGAGCUUCUCAAGGGCAGCAAAGUCGACUUCACCAUGGAGCUCAUCGGCUCGCAAUUCAAGAUUGUCGACAAUCCCUACGCGACGAGCAGUUGUGGCUGUGGUACUAGCUUCGACAUAAAGAUGUAG